UCUACCAACUCGUCAAAUUUUAAUAAGAAAUCCAUAAAUUCCCGUUACCACAUCGCAUCCACACAAUACAUCGCUGUUUCUAGAUUGCUAAUCGCUAACUAACCCCUUAGAUCUACGUGAAUUUCAACCGGAUGUCGAUUUCAUCCAGUGUUUCAAUGCAAAACCAUCAUUCGUUUACAACAUCUUCCUAUCGCAUUGCGUCUUCAUCUCCCUCUUCAUCUUCCUCUUCCAUUACAUCAUAUACGCUUCGUCCCGAUUGAAAAUAAUCCAAAUAACAGACAAACAAAUCAAGAUGCCUUCUCCCAUGACUAAAGCCACGCUGGCCGCGGCCGGUCUCUCUAGCGCAUCCAACAUUCUCGCCCAAUUCCUUGAAGCAUACCGAGACGGACGCCCCUUUAUUUUCGAUUUCGCCAAUUUCCUCCGCUUCGUUGCCGUCACCUUUAUCAGUGCUCCUCCGAAUUAUAUGUGGCAGCAGCUGCUAGAGCGUAGCUUUCCCGCAUACGAACGAAAGAAAUCAAUUAGCGAUGUUGAAAAGCAAGGGGUAGAUGGAGAGGAUGUUCGAGCGCGAGGGAAUCCAGAAGAGCAGGCACCUAAGCUGAACUUGCGAAACACUUUCGCCAAAUGGUUCAUCGAUUGUAUCACCCUCGGCGCGAUUUUCAACACGGUCGCGUUCUUCAUACUCAUGGGUAUUUUUAAGAACCAGUCCAUGGCACAGAUCGCGCACAAUAUCAGGACAGAGACGAUCCCUGUCAUUGUUGCCGGCUAUAAGAUUUGGCCCUUCGCUUCUAUCAUCAGCUUCAGCUGCGUGCCCGUGGAACGACGGAUCGUCUUCCUCAAUUUUGUGGGACUGCUGUGGGGGAUUUACAUGAGUCUCGUCGCCUCCAGAGUUUAGAGUUGUUGAUCACGAUCGACAUACCAGACACUGACAUCGACAUCCGCAUCGGCAUGAGCUGCAU